AUGGACGGCACCCCCAAGCUGUCUGGGGAGACCCUGAUCGUGCACCACAUCCCUCUGGUGCACUGUCAGGUGUCGAGCCGUAGGCAAGGGGGGUGCGGUGUUGGGGGAGGCUCCCUGAAGAGGAACAACCCAUUUAGCCUGCCGGAGAAUUUGGGACUGAGUCGCACCACCUCCCUCCCCGAAAGAGACGUCCUCCAGAGAGAGGCGCUGCUGUAUAGCAGCUUGAUCCAGACCUCAGCCCACAACGGAGGAGAAGAGAGGAAGGCCGGUAGUAGUAUGGCCAGCGACGACUCCUCAUUCACUUCUAGCAUCUCUGACGAACAACUGGUGGCAGCGCACACGUUACCCCGAGUCAAAACCAGGAGCCAACACCCACUACGUCGGAACCCCUUCCUGAUCAAGACAGACGAUGAGGAGUAUGAGGAUGACGAAGACGACAACCUGAGUGGCUACCGCGAAGAUUCUUCCUUCCACCUACAUACCCACGCUGACUUGACCAUGCAGUCAUUCCAUCUACAUGACCUGGGCUUCGCGUCAGAACCACACAAACGGAACGGUGCAAACCGGGAUUCGGACCCUCCGGAUCUGGGGCGCCGACACGCCAGCGGCGGGUCCGACAUGUCUGUAGACUGUGCCGAGCACGAGUGGGAGGACGACGAGGACGGAGAUCAUCCCAUGCCGUGCGGCCGGAGCGGUGAGACGGGCUCCUACUCGUCCGCUUCGUCUACACGGCACUGCUCCUGUUGCACCCUGGCCCAGAGCUUCUCCCGGGACUUACCCAAGGACUUCCCCGACACCUUCCUUGAGUGCCCGCGGGGCUACGGCAGCGACUCCUCAUGCAACAGCUCGGACGGAGUACUGGUCAACUUCAGCACUAUUUACAACAAAAUGAACAACAGUGUCCCCGAAAAGCCCGGUAAUCUUAACAGCCCCGCUGAGCGACCCCCGCCGGUUGACCAACGGGAGUCCACAGGGAGCGCGUUCUAUUUGGACCUCCUCACAUCUCCGACGGAGCCACCGCUGUCUUUUCCGCUUGCGCGAGAGCCUCCGCUAUCAACCAUCUCCGCGUGCUCCUGUUCGGCGGAGCACCAGGCCGCUCUGGAGCUGGACGCCAACUGCAACUCCUACUGUCCACCGCCGUGUGCGUCAGCGGGCGGCCCGGCAUCCUGCUUGCAGAGUCAGGCCCGCUUGGUAGUGGCCACACAGAAUUACUAUAAAUUGGUCACCUGUGACCUGUCAUCCCAGUCGUCGCCUAGCCCCGCCGGAUCUUCGGUCCACAGCAGCUCUGAGGAGCACAGCAGGGGUAGCCCAUCUAGCCCAACGCAGCCCAGCGAGUACUUCCUGUUCCGACAGAGGGCUGACCAGGAAGUGGAAGAUGAGAGGGAGGAUGAAGAGUCAAUGACAUCUCAUCUAGCUGCUAAAGAUGAAGAAGCAGACGAGGAUGAAGAUGAGGAGGCGAUCGAGGGGCUCGACGCCCCUCCUGUCCUCCUCCAAGGCCAAGUGUACGUCAACGUCUCACCUCCGCCGGGCAGCCGGGGUGACGUCAGCGGCCGGCCACGUUCCCGCAGCUAUGACCGCAACUUGGAUAAGUCGCCGGGGCCCCGCCUGGGCUCCCUGGAGCGCAUGCUGAGUUGCCCUGUGCGCCUCAGUGAGGGGGCGGCGGCACCUCCUCGUGUCACCUCCUUUGCCGAGAUCGCCCGCAGUAAGCGUCGGCAUGGGAACUCGCCGUCCCUAAAGGUGGAUCCAUUCUCCUCCACGGAGUUUUGGCCCAUACAGGAAGGAGGCACCACAGGGAUGACAUCCCCUACUGCCGUUUGUGGCCCAGACGCGACCAGGGAGGCUAACGCUGAAGGAGGCCUCACCAGCUGGUCUGGCAUCCACCCGGGCGUUGUGCGUUACAGCAAAGACCGGCGACCCACUACUCUCCCUAUUCAGCCCUUCACCUUCCACCACCAGCUAGCCACCAAGCCCCCCCAGCCCAAGCCUCUACUCCCCUUGUUAACCGGUUACACAUCGGGUACACAGGCCCACCGAAGCUCCGGCAGUUCAGAGGACGAGGAGAGCAAGGACUCCGCCGGGAACGAGCGGCAUCGGGGCUGCGCAAACGGGGCGGCAGCUCCCCCGGGGUCUGUUCGGCCGUCGCCCCUGGGGAGUUACUCCCCGGCACACCUUCAGGAAGGGGCCGCCAGCUCCGGGACCUGUUCCACGUGUACCCCGAGCCCCCUGCCGCCUCACAACCGUGGGCCGCUGCCGCCCAAUGACUCUGACGCCGCCACCUUGGGUGUGAAGAGAGGGGUGGUGCCACCUGCUUUGCCGCCUGUGCACCAGGACACGCUGAGCCCCCUGGGGACCCUCGUGGAAGGAGGCAAAGCGGCCAGGAUGCACAACGCACACCACCUUUCCCCCCAAGCCUUGAAGUGGCGGGAAUACCGGCGUCAGAAUCCCUUAGGCGGGGAGAGACUGCCAAGCAUCUCUUCUGCAACAGAUUCUCAGCGUCCCCCCAGACGCAACGUCUUUGAUUUCCCCUCAGCACCCUCCUUCCAGUCCAUGGGACGCCAUCAUGUCAAGCAAAUGCAGCAAAGUUACAGCGACUUCCUACCCGAUUACUUUUCUCUGACCGAAAGACCGCCGGAUGAGUUUUGCCUCUCCCCUGACGCCUCAACAGCUUCGUCCUUCUCGUCAUCCUCCUCGCAGCCGCAUAUGAGUGUUGAUAUGACACACAAGCGAGGUUUGGUGAAAGCUGUCAACACAGCAGUGGAUUUGAUCGUGGCUCACUUUGGCACAAGUCGAGACCCCGACGUUAAAGCUAAACUCGGCAACAGCUGGGUGAGUCCCAAUGUGGGUCACCUGAUCCUGAAGUACUUAUGCCCGGCGCUGCGUGAAGUUCUCCAGGAUGGCCUCAAGGCCUACGUUCUGGACCUGAUCAUCGGACAGCGCCGCUGUCAGCCCUGGAGCCUGGUGGAGGCCUCCACACAGCUUGGACCGUCUACACGUGUCCUUCACAACCUGCUGACGAAGGUGAACCAGCUCUCUGAGCUGACAAGCCACAGCAUGAGACUCAACGCCUUCAUCUUCGGCCUCCUCAACCUCAAGUCUUUGGAGUUCUGGUUCAGUCACCUCUUGACACAUGAAGACAUCAUCGGCGCCCACUAUAAUGCAUGGGGUCUAGUCCCGUUGGCUCUGAGUUCGUGUCAGCAGCUGUUCAGCGAGCUACUUCUAUUGCUACAGCCCCUCUCCCUCCUCCCGUUCGACCUGGACCUCCUAUUCGAGCCUCGGCUAUUGGCGACGGGCCGCGAGCAGCAAAGGCGGCGCGAGGAGCUGCUGUGCACAGCGGGACGUUCCGCCACCCGUUCCACCCUGGAGCUGAUGAGGGGCUGGGGAGCUGCCGUUGGGGACAUGGUAACUGGGAAGGAGAGGACGGCGCUGAGGAGAGAGGGGACGUGGCCCAGGACCGAGGACCCCAAAAGGGAGAGUGUCCCGGUGGGGGAGGGUCACGAGUUCACGGAGAGAGGGACGGUUAGCCAGAGGAUGAAGGGAGUUGGACAAGAAAGUGAGGAAAAGGAUACCAGGAAGGAUCUCGCAGGGAAGGACCCAACGGUGAAAGACACUGCGGAGUUGGACGAGGGACGGCAACGUCAGGACCGCCAGGCAGGGUGGUGGUACCAGCUCAUGCAGUCCUCCCAGGUCUAUAUCGACCAGUCGGCAGAGGGUUCCAAGUUCAUCAAGACGGACAAGCGAAGGACAUCGGCCGAGCGACGCCGGCUGCCGCCUACCAGGGAGGGCGUGGUGGAGGGCGCAGAGUCUGGAUCUGGGGGGCGGCCCUCGUGGAUGGGAAGCCCGCCUGAGUCUGUCCUCAACCAGGAGUGGAUCAGUCCGGCGACCGAGGUCCGGCCGGACACUGCCACUCCAGGGCAGGGGUUGCGCUGGGGACGGCUCUUCGGGUCCAGUGUGGGUUCUCCGACCAAAACAGACGCAAGUGAACCUAGGGCAAAAACUCAGAAGAGCAGGCCACCUUCGGGCUGGCUCGGCCUGGACUCGUCUGUUUUGGGCUUAAUGGCUCAGACUAUCGGCAAAAAGUUAGAGCCUGAGACCAUCAACCCUCCUACAGUUGAACCUCCGCCCAAUGUGACCCAAGCCACAGAGGAAAAACUUCCAACAUGUGAAGUGCGAGCACUGUGCCACCAUAUUGCCACAGAGACGGGACAGCUAAGCUUCAGCAAAGGUGACAUCCUGCGUGUGCUGAGCAAGGCUGAUCCCGAUUGGCUGCUCUGCUCUACUGGCGCAUCUCGGGGCCUAGUGCCCAUCGUCUACGUCUCGAUCUGCAGCAUGGAGGAAAGCCGUGGCCUAAGCAGCGGAGGUGACGCUGACCAUGGUGGCGACUGUACUGGUGUCAGAGGUGCUCAAGAAGGUUCCAGCCCAUGUUGA